AAACAUACAGGCCAUAAUUAAGGUAGAGAAAAAGAGACCCCCACCACCCCUCUAAGUAGCUGUAUUCCCAAUCACAUAUUUCUCUGCAUUUCGCUUUACCCAACUUCUUUUGCUUGGUAAAAGAGCCCAGAACCAGAACAACCAAAAAAACCAUAAUUCUUGAAUAUAUACUAUGGAGUCUCCAAAACUAUUCCUGCUUUACUUGGUAAUCAUCUUUUUCAGAAUCAGCAAGAAUGCAGUUAUCGUCGAAGCAGAAGCGAACAAACAUGGGUUAGAUCUGGUGAAUGAGGAGGAUUUUGAGUUGCCAAUGUCCAUGUCUUUAUAUGAAGGCGAACUUGGAAUAGAAAACCGGAGAUCCCUGUUCUGGCACAGGACUUUCAAGUACUACAUUUCGUAUGGGGCGUUGUCUGCUAACAGAAUACCUUGCCCGCCGCGCUCUGGUAGGUCAUACUACACUCACCACUGCUUUAGUGCUCAUGGUCCAGCUCACCCUUACACAAGAGGUUGCUCUGCUAUCACUCGUUGUCGUAGAUGAACAUUUCCUUACCAUCUCCUUAUAGUUUUUGAUCCAUGUCCAUUUUCUAAAAUUGAGUUGGCGGCCGAGGAUUAAUUUCUUGAUGGUUUCUUUUUUAGUUCAGUUACAUGUAUGUGUUGACUUUAGUUUGUGCGUCUGGGGGCUUUUACAGUUGUGUACACUCUGCUGGUUGUCCAGUUACCUUUAUUUAGGCAUACUUUUCAGUGUACGUUGCAUUGCGACAUAAUGUGUUUAUUUGUGUGUUUAGCUAGCUAGAUCAAUCGAGUAAUAACUUCAAGUUAUGAAGCUGUCUAAUAUUCUGCAGCAAAUUAAAGUUGUCUUCUGCCUGAAUACAAAGCAUUUUUUGGGAAAUUGUGGUGGGUUGCUACUGA